AUGCAGACAAACGCCCCGAGUGCCCCCACGGUCGAUCGCACCGACUCCGCGCCGUCGGAGGCCGCCUCCCACGCAACCGGAGCCGAACGUCCCCCAUCGCAGGGCCACCAGCGACUUGUGUUCACGGAUGCGGUCGCCCUCCGAUACCUCGAAGAAGACCCCUCGACCGAUGUACUCCAGCGACGUGCAACACUACAAGGUUAUGAAAUUUAUAUCGUUGAACAAUGGGCCUGCUCUCGUGUGCAUCCAACAUUCAUCAUCUCGACUUAUACCGGUGACCCUUCGCACACAGUCAUUGUGGGAGUGUUGAGUGUUCCGACUAAUGAGGCAACAUGGUCGCCUCGCUUACGGAUGUACUUUGAUGCCAUGAAGCAAUGUCACGCCAGAAGGAAGGAAACACCACUAGGGACGGUCAUGGUUACGGAUCUGUCCUCGUUUCCUUCUGCCCUGAGUCUAAUUCCAAUACCCAACGGCGACAUUAAGAAACACCGGGAAGAUUUCAUUGUGAAUGAAGAUUUAAAGAGACUUGGGUGCGCAGGCCGCGCGGGCUUGAAGCUUCAACCUCCUUCAGCGGCGACCGAAGCCAAGUUUCAUCAGCUGUACCGGACAAGUGAGCGGGUUCCUUUAUACCAAGCGGUCAUGGAAUUGGUCAGACAGUGUCAGAUUGCCUUGAUGGUGUUUGACAAGCUAGCCCCGGAAUAUGUGGAUGGGCUACUUUGUGAUGUGACAGAGGCAGCAGUUAGCGAUUGGUGGACAGAUAUUGGAACAGACCUGUACAACAUUGAGCCGGGUGAUAGUAGCCUAGGACCCACUAGCGUGGCUGCAUUGCUGGGCACGUUGCUUGGAGCUCGAAAUCGACUGCACGCCUUUGGCGCCCCCGUGGGGAAAGAUGCAUUUGACAUUCCCAACCUAAAAAGAGGCAUUGGUGGAUUCCAAAAAUCUCAAAAAAUGAGGCGAUCGCGAAGACUGGACCGACUUACGUUGGACCGGUUACACCGCGUCACGGCUAAGGCCGCGAAUGCAGAAGGCUGGACCGAUGCAGUGAAGUCAACCAUGGCGGAACUCAGUGGGCAGGGUGGUGAGAUGGUUAUGGGAAUGGUCCGCGGGCGCGAUAAAGGUGGCAUUGCCGAUAUCGAAACACUGGAUCUUGAUACCUUCGUACAGUGCUGCAAUGGCGAAAGGGCAAAGUGGCUGUGGCUGGGCAAACCGCGCAAGAGUGGCGUCGAAGACGGAUUUUCUCGCGGUACAGGAUCGGAUAUGAUGUUUACCACUGAUGAACAAGGCGGUUAUGUCUGGACCAGUCGCAAGAAGCAUUCGAUAGAGGAUCUGAAUGCCGAGCGAGGAAGCUCGGGGCUGGAUCGCUCUUGGAAGAUGCCAGAACCGACUUCUGAAGAAAAAGAUCAUCGCAAGAAGGGCGUCAGCGGACGAGUUUCAGACGCGCGAGCAGGGUUAGGACGCUUCAAAGAUGCAGUUGGACUGCAGGGCCUACGCCAUCACUAUCAUCAUUCACGAGACAGCUCCGAGGUGACACAUGAUGUUGCAUACCGUCCGUUUAUCGAUAGUGAUAAUGAGGCAUGGUCAACAAAAACGCGGACUGACUCUGGGCUCCGGUCAGAAAGGAAGAUAUCAAACGAUAUUGAAAAGCUUAUUGAGGAGGAAGGGAAACCUCAAGUGUCGCCACCUCCCGAACCUGCAUUAAAGGCCCCUGAAAUCCAUAUCGAACCUGUACCAGAAGAUGAGCCAGAACCACAAGCCCAAGACCUGUCCAUUGCACAGCAUCCUCCAAUCAUUGAGGAAGAUUCAGAUAUGGAACGCGUAAUGUCUCGGUCAACGGUGGCAUCAACUGACCGCGAACGUGACGGUUCGAUCAGCGGGAUAGCAGUCAUGGCCCUGCGGCGGCCGCAAAGUUUCGAAGAAUUCCGAACCCCUGAAAGCGAGAUUGAACGGCGAGACAACUUUUGCGCACGACACCUGUCGUUCAGCACAGUGGAAGAAGUGAUAUUCAAAUGGGAGCCGCUGGGCGGGAAACCAACGUUCAAAGAAACUGAUAACCUGGAGGAGGCCAUUAUUCAAGAGGACAUGCUUGCCUCAGAGGGCCGCAUCUUCAGCUCGCGGAUUCAAGAGUUGAGCCAGCAUACUGUGCCAUGGGUUGAACGACAAGUGGAUUCCGUGGAAGGUCUCAACCAACUUCUAUAUGACCGACACGAUGAGCUCAACUCAGUCUACCUCGAACGCUUCGCCGACUAUCAGAGACUGCGAGAACGAUCCAGUGACAUCCUCAUAGAUGAAAGCCACCAUCUCGCCGAUGGCGUGAAGCGCGUUGAGUUGCUGGGCGCCAAAUUGGACUACGAACUACACGUCCUCGAGUCCAAAGUCGAUGACAUGGAAGCCGGCCUGAGCGACUUUGACCGUCACAUUGUAAAUGUCGAGACGAGAAUCAAAGCCUUGGUCAAAGGCGAGGAACAGAAUGACACUUCCUGGGCUGCAUGGAUAGCGCGAUCCAUGGGCUUCUCGACCUAA